UUGCGUUGCCACACGAAUGGAACAGCUUAGGACCACACAAUGGCGUCUCCUCCUCCAUCAUCCACCGUGAUCCAGAUGCCUCCAAGUCCACAAACCAACGGCCAGCCGACGGCCGGGACAGUCCCGGCCAUGCCUAAUGAUGCCGGUGACGUGACCAUAGCACCUGCAGCAGCUGCCGGACCAGCAUCCAAGGCAACGGACAAGGUCAUGUCGAGCGCCGCGAACCUCGCGCAGCUCCUGCCGACGGGCACAAUGCUCGCGUACCAGGCUCUAUCCCCGUCCUUUACCAACCACGGCAAGUGCGAGGCCUCCAACCAGUGGCUCACCGCCGCGCUGGUCAUCAUCCUCGCCGCCCUGUGCAUCCUCUUCUCCUUCACCGACAGUGUCCUCGGCCGCGACCAGAAGCUCUACUACGGCGUCGCCACACCACGCGGCUUCAACGUGUUCAAUUUCUCCGACGAAGAGGAGAAGCUGAAGUGGACUCCAGCUGAGUUCCGGAGGCUCCGCAUCAGGCCACUGGACUUUUUGCACGCCAUCUUCACAGCGCUGGUCUUUCUCACCGUGGCGUUCAGCGACGUGGGGCUACAAAAUUGCUUCUUCCCCAACGCCGGCAGGAACACCGCAGAGCUGCUCAAGAACCUGCCGUUGGGCAUCGCAUUUCUGUCGAGUUUUGUGUUCAUGGUCUUCCCCACAAAGAGGAAGGGCAUCGGUUACACCGACACCACUCCUCGCAAGAAGCUCACUUGAUGUUUAGAUGAUCAUAUCACCUUUUUUUUGGACAAUUAGAUUACAACGUAAUCACGAUAUAUAUUGUUAACUUGUGAUUACUUUAUUUUUGAGAAAUACUUGUGUAUUGUUUAGUUUGUUAUGCCAUGGCCCAUGGAACCAUCCGUGUAUUUUGA